GUCUCACAUCUCAAUCUCGUUCAGAUUGAGACGGUGGUGAGAACCACAUAAAAGAGAAAAAUGAGACGAAAAAUAUUCCUCUCGCUUCUCGUUCGCACUUUUUCCUCUGCAUUUUAUUAACAAAGUCCAGCCAUGUGAAGUUCGCAGUUUUUACAAUUUGACAGCAAAAUGUGGAAAAUUCCUAAUUUCGUACUCCACCUGAACAUCAUUAUCCGACUUGGCACAGAUCGACUCCCAAACAAUUCUUCAAGACUGUAACGAUCCCAACAUCGGGGCGUUGCACAUGGCCAAUUUUGGUCACUCUUUUUGCUACCAUUCGUGCGGCUACGACCUCGGUGCCGUUCCCCCCGUGGGGAUGGAGAUGUGUACCGCAGCUGGGAUCUGUGUCUGUAAUUACGCCUGUGAUACUGCGCCCCCCGCUGCCUUCUUUGGAAAUCAGUGCCCCGUCCGUGCCGCCGAUCCUCCCACCGACCCGGCAGACGAGACGGCUUGCGAUGUCACGUGUAGCGCGGCCUGUGUCGACGGAGUGGGUCAGAUUUGCGGAGAAGUUUACGACGGACCGAUUCCACCCACGGCGGACACUUUUGCAAAAGUUUGCACGUGCUACUGUCCGCCUCAACCGUGCAUUACGACGACCACGACGACCACCACAACGACCACGACGACAACGACGACAACAACCCCAGCACCGGAUACGAGCUCGAUAACUAUUCUGAAAAUAAAGGUUCCCACGCUGUUCAAGGUGGUCAAGUUUGGUGUGCUCUGGAUAAAAUUGUGUGUCCAUUUUUGGCUUAAAAUCCUGCUCUAUUGUGUGUACGAUAAUUGUCUCGGUGUUCCGGAAAUGUUUGUUAGCUGGGGGUGGAGGAGGAGAUUAUGGCGAAUUUAUAUGUGGUGGUUAAGAAAUGUGAGGUAUUUUUUGAGUUUGCCGUUUUCUUGAAUUAAAAAAUAUUAAGUAGGUAGGUUUCAUUAUGCUGUACAUAACCUAAAGCUGUAAAUAUAUACAUAGUAAUUUUAAUCUGUAAAUAUACGCAAAUCUUUGCAAAUCCUAACAGUAUGAUGGGAAAUGUAUAAAGAAUGUGAAUACUAUUGCCCCAAAAACGGAGUAACAAAAUAAAUACAAAAGUUUAUAAAUA